UGCACGAGGGAGGAGUGUGUGUCGCUGUCUUCCGGAGCCCCUUUCUUGAGACCGGUGUCCCUCCCCCUGCAAAUUACGGCCCUCGCCUGCUCCUGCUUCGGGGAGACUGUUCAAGCGCCCUCUAGGAUUGGAACUAAGGAUGUGUUUUAUGAAUGUAGUUGUUAUUUAGCUCGCUCAUGGUGAUUGUGACGGAGAAUACCAAAAUUUGUACGAUUGGAUAAGUAUCAGUUUGGCAUCGAAGUCUCCGGGUGAACGACUGUAAUACACAUACAUACACGGAUAUUAUUAAGGUGGCAGAUCGGGCGCUUGGUGACGUCAUCAUGACCCGCUACAUAUUUCUGCUCUCAACCUUGGCGGCGGUGACUACCGCGCAGAACUACCUGUCGGACUUCGCCCUGGAGCGGCCGGCGAACCUCCCGUCCAUCAGACAGCUGGAGGUGAUGUGCGGCAAGGACCACCUCACCGUCCAGCUCUCCUUCAGCGCGCCCUUCCAGGGCCUGGUGUUCUCCAAGGGCCAGUACGGGAACGGCGACUGCAUGUACGUGGGGCCGCGCGACGGGGGCGUCAACUACGAGUUCCAGAUCUACUACGACGGCUGCGGCACCAAGCCCGACAUGGGGGGCAAGUUCUACGAGAAUACCAUCAUCGUGCAGUACGAUUCCGACUUGAUCGAGGUUUGGGACGAGGCGAAGCGACUGCGGUGCGAGUGGUACAACGACUACGAGAAGACCGCCAGCAAACCGCCCAUGGUCAUCGCCGAUCUGGAAGUCGUCGAACUCAACUUCAGAGGUGACAACGUGGACUGCUGGAUGGAGAUUCAGGACGGCAAGGGACCCUGGGCGUCGCCUGUGACCGGCAUCGUUCCCCUGGGCUCCACGCUCACUAUGGUCGUCGCCAUCAAUGACCAGGCUGGGGAGUUCGACAUGCGCGUGAAGUCGUGCGAGGCCUCCGACGGCUCCAACUCGCCCAUCUACCUGAGCGACGAGCACGGCUGCGUCCUCCGCCCCAAGAUGAUCUCCAAGUUCAUGAAGCUCCGGAACAACGACGGCCGCGCCACCGUGCUCACCUACGCCCACUUCCACGCCUUCAAGUUCCCGGACUCGAUGGCCGUGCACAUCCGCUGCAAGGUGGAGAUCUGUCGCUUCGGCUGCCCCGACCACUGCCAGAAGCCGACCGCAGGCAAUCCCAUCGGCGACUACAGCCAACAGCAACCGCAAUUCCAGCAACAGCAAUUCCAGCAGCAGCCGCAGUUCCAGCAGCAGCCUCUAGUUCAGCAGCCGCCCCUCGACGCCUACGCGGCUCCUGCCGAGACAGUGCCACAGUACGAGGCUCCGCCAAAUAAUGUUGGGCCCUCGAACUUUGGCGAGAAGAGCGAGAGACUGCCGUUCUUCAUUGCGAACCAAGAAUCUGCGCCCAACCCCAGAAAGGCGCGUCCCGGCCAGAAUAACCCCAUGAUCAACAAGAACAGCCCGUACUACAAGGGCCCCCUGAUCAUCCCGGACGAGGAGUCGGCGCAGGAGUACCUUAACGGCUCGCCCCUCAAUGGCAGCGAAACCAUCGAGCUGCCGAACGCCGGGGACUUCCCAUGGGGCCCGAGGAACCUCCGCCGCCGUCGUCGCGACCUCGUUCUCGAUCGCCACCAACGCUCCCCCGAUAUCGGCGUCACUACCGAUUACCAGGUGAUCUCCGAGGCCGACCUGGAGUUCACACCCGCCAGGGAAGAAGGCGUCACUGUCUUCAAGGGGCACCGUGAAGAUGUGGUGUACGGUGUGUGCUUACCGGCGCCCGGUUUCUCCGCUCUGUUUGUGCUGCUAGCAAUGUGCACAGUGAUUUCGGUGCUGGUGGCUGGCUUCAUGUGCCACCACAGGCAGAUGCAGAAGGACACCAGCGAGUCUCCUGCCGCCCCCCACACCCACCAGCAGGCUGCUGCCGUCUUCAGCAUGGCGCAGUUCCUACGAGGUCACUUACCUGGCUAUGCACAAUGAUCAAGAACGCACGUGUGGAGAU